AUGACAUUGGAAAAUUAUCAUAUUGUAUCUCUUGAAGGUGGAAAUGAGAAUUUUAUCAUUGACAAGCGAUACAAGAUCUUACGCAAAGUCGGGUCUGGUUCUUAUGGAUCAGUGUGUAGUGCCAUCAAUACUGAAUCAAAAGAAGUGGUGGCUAUCAAAAAAUGCUUUCGAAUAUUUGACCGAAAACUGAUUACAAAGCGGUGUUUACGAGAAAUCAAGUUACUUCAACAUUUCAAUGGUCAUCCUCAUAUUGUGGGACUUCGAGAUAUGGAUAUUGUGGACCAUACUCUUUUCAACGAAAUAUACUUAAUCUUGGAAUGCUGCGACACGACCAUGAGUGAUGUCAUUCACAAUGUUCAACUUGAACCUGUCCAUUAUCGCUGGUUUAUGUACCAAAUCUUCUCUGCUCUUCAUUAUAUUCAUAGUGCCAAUGUACUUCAUCGUGAUUUGAAACCUUCCAAUAUUCUAGUAAAUCAAAAUUGUACUUUACGAAUAUGUGAUUUUGGUAUGGCUCGUGGAUUUGUUAAUUCAUCUUCUUUGGAUCAUCCUUCCAUGACUCAUUAUGUGGUGACAAGAUGGUAUAGAGCCCCUGAAAUCAUGCUAAUUGACAUGUGGUCAGCUGGUUGUAUAUUUGCAGAAUUACUUGGACGACGUGUGUUGUUCAAAGGUACCGAUUAUGUGGAUCAGUUAAAGAAAAUUAUU